AUGAAUAUAGAACAAGUUAUAUUAUUUUUGGUAAUAUUAGGCACGAUAACAGCCGAAAAUGUCAAAAUUGAAACCAUUUUAUCAAAAAUACUUAGUAUACAUUUUAAAAAGUGUGUGUACUACAUAUUCGAUGAAAGUCCAAAACUAACAAAUUUGCCAAAAAUAAUAAACUCAGCUUUAAUGAUAUCUUACAUUCCAAUGAUCACCAUACAGCAGAAUAAUUCCAAACAACUUCUUGAGUCGAAAUGUCAUGAGUACCUUAUUUAUACCGAGAAUAUGGAAAACUUCGAAAAACUAGCCAAUAUUAAAGAACUAUUGGAGAUGUUUCGACCUUGGGGUAAGAUGAUAUUCAUAACCAGUACAAAACCAAAUGUGUCUUCGAACUUCUUAACUGUUGCCGUUAAUGAGAAAGCCAUUGAUUAUGCAAUCGUAACAAUUGUAGAGAACAAUGUUACCGUAGAAUUGACUUUCGGAGACAGUUUUAAUUUUACGAACAUUCCCCAAAGUAGGAAACGUAAAUGGAUACCAAAAUUUGCUUCUCCGAUUAGGAUAACCAUAUUCCAUUGCCCUCCUUACGUCAUUAUAGGAAAGAACAACUCCAUAUACGGCGUAGAAAUGACGAUACUACGCGAAUCAUUCAAAGGGCUACCAGUGCAGUACUUAGUCCACAACAACGAAAGCGAGGACGGAGGCAUGUGGUUUAACACUUUAGUGGAACUAGAAGUUGGACAAAGGGAGCUAUGUAUAUGUUCAAGAUGGCCUGAAAAUGGUUAUAAAAAAAAUCUAGAAAUUAUGUUUUUAGUACGAACUGAACAAUUCUCUAAUUAUUUAAGAAGUCGCAGACAUAGACCCGUUUAUUACUAUGUACAAAUUUUGCUCGAUCUGAUGCGCAUUUUUACCGGUGGUGGAGUUUGCUUAAGAUUCAUGUAUCGUCUGCUUUCAUCCAAAACUGUUUUAAUUUGUUGGUUAUAUACAUGUCUUGUAUUUGGCACGUACUAUUCUGCAGGAAUAACUAGUACCUUAGCAUUUCCGCCUAUAAUGAACGUAGUAAACACCUUACAGGACAUGGUUAGAUUACAUGUUCCUUGGAAGCUAUCCAACGAUUAUUAUAAGCAGGAAUUCCAACUAAGAAACAGUACACUUUAUAAUGGUUUGGCUAACUUGCACGUCCUAGGCAAUCGUAUAGAAGACCGCACUCCAAACUCUGCAAUAAUGGCAAAGGUAAUAGAGAAUCACUUCGUUAGUGACCUUGAAGCCUUGCCAGAAAGAGAUCGAAAAUACUACAAAGUCGUUAAACCUUGUGUAGCAACGCACGAGAGUGUAUUUUUUGUUAAAAAAGAUUCUGCUUUAACCAAACUGUUGGAUCAGACAAUAACGAAGUUUGUGGAAAGUGGCAUUUUCCGUUAUUUAAUAUUAAAAAAGUUAAAUAAGUUUUACGGAACAGCUGCACAUGAAAGCUUUUUUAGUAAUUACGUAGAGAAUAGAUUCUACACAAAUAUUGGGAUGUCCAAAAUUAUAGAUAACAACAAAUUCGAUGGAACAGAAAAGGUUAUUUUAGAAGAAACACUCCACGAUCAAGUAAACUACUCCGUCUACAGUUACGACACUACAGACGGAUCAAUGUGGUUCAACACUAUUCCUGAAGUAGAGGCCGGAACCAAAGACAUUUGUGGAUGCUCCAGAUGGCCACUCAAUGCGUAUAACAAAAAUUUAGAAUUAACUAAAUCUACUCAUCAAAUCUGUGUUACUUUUUUACAUCCGCUUAACGAUGUAGCAAGAUAUUUCCUAGAUCUUGUACAUAUAUUUACAGGUGCUGGAAUAAACUUGCGGUUGGUGUAUAAUUUAUAUUCUUCAAAAUUUUUGUUAACUGUAUGGUUUUUUACUUGUCUAGUCUGCGGUACUUUCUAUGCAGCUGCAGUUACAAGCACAACAGCUCGACCUCCCAUCACCAAUGUAGUCAACAAUUUGCAGGAUAUGGUUAGAUUAAAAAUUCCAUGGAAAUUGACGAAUACAGUACCCAAAAAGGAGUUUUUGUUAAUAAAUAGUACUCUGUACACAAAGCUUGCUAACCUGCAUGUCUAUGGUAGGCGAAUAGAAGACCGUUCGCAAAAUUCCGCAAUUUUCGUGACACUUGUAGAAAACCAAUAUGUUGUAGACAUCGUAACUUUACCAGAAGAGGCGAAACAAUACUAUAAAGUGAUAAAACAAUGUGUGGCAACUCACGGAAGUGUAUUUUUCGUUAAAAAAGAUACUCCACUAACUAAACUAAUUGAUAAAACCAUUACCAGAUUUGUCGAAAGUGGCAUUGCCAACUAUAUCCUGUUUAAAUAUCUUCACCUUUACGACUCUGGUUCUCAAGCAACGUUCUUCACGAAUUAUGUAGCAAAUAGAUUUUAUAGGACUAUUGGGAUGUCAAAGCUUGUAGGAGCUUUUAUUUUAUUAGAUCCCCAAUUAACACAUGACCCUCUAGCCACCCUAGAUACUGUAAUCUUGGCCGUAGGCAAAUGUCACAAAGAAACCAUGGCGCCUAUCGUAGCAUGUUAUAUAGAUUAA